AUAACGUCAUGCGGAUCCAUAUGACUAACAGUUGAUCGAUAAUCAAUCCUCAACUUUCACUGCAUUUGCUGUCUACAAAAACAACUUCGCCUUCUAACAUCAUUCGGUCCCGACUAUGUCUCGAUCGAUGUUAUCCUCCGCGGCUCGCCAGCUAUGGCGACAGCAGUUCCCCCGCAGAGGAGUUCCAGUCCUCCCAUCCUCAAAAACCCGGUUGAGCAUCUCCCCAUCGCUCGGCGACUCUACCCCCCGCCGGCAGCUAUCCUAUGCAAGCUGCGAGUCAAAGACGAUCCGACUAAAUCCCCCACGGAGAACUAUCUCCCCAUUCAUGCGUGUUCAACAGCACUGCGCCUUUUCCUCUUCGUCCAUCAGAACCGCCACCAAGGUCCUACAGAAUCCGCGAACCGGCGAGGAUGGCAACCCACUGAUGAUUGAUAUCUCCCCCCGCGCUGCAGAAGUAUGUCUACAUCUCCGUUCGUCUGUUGCAUCUUCCUGCUCUACUAGCGUGUGGUUUGACUCGGUAUAUGCGGUUUGUGUUGGGCGGGAGGUUAGCUCCUCUGGUUGUGGCGGUUGAUCCAGGAGGGUUGCAACUGAGGAAGAAAUACUAUGCGCUUGGGCGCUAAAACUCUUGUUCAAUCGUCUGUUGAGUACAUACGACCAUAGGGUGUGGAAAACAGGGCUUCCCGUCCGCUCAGCCGUACUUAAGCCACACGCCGGCCGGUUAGUAGUUGGGUGGGUGAC